ACCGAACCGCUCCCUUUGAAGGACUAGGUGGUGCCAGGCAUGCAGUGGCCCCAGCAUAGCCAGGAGAUUGACUUGGGCUUCCCUUGCAGGUGCUACGACUUACAUGAACUGCUGGACCCCCGCAGCAUCACUGCAGACCCCUUGGACCACCGUCUCAGCUGGCACCUGUGGGAAGCACUCCGGGCCUUGAAUUACACCCACCUGUCGGAGCAGUGCCAGGGGGUGCUGAACGCCAGCUAUGCAGCCCAGCUGGAGAGGGAGGGGCUGUGGGAGUGGGCCAUCUUCGUCCUGCUUCACACCUCCAAUGCUCAAACGCGGGAAAGAGCCGUGCGGGAGCUGCUGAACCGUCACUGCAAGCUGCUGGAGUUGCCAGAGUCCAGGGACAAGGAGGCCUUCCUGACUCAGAAGCUGUGCAUCCCCCCGGAGUGGAUCUACGAGGCAAAGGCUUUGUGGGCCCGGAGGGAGGGGGACAAGACUCGCGAGGCCCUCUACCUCUUCAAGGCCGGCCACUGGAACCAGUGCCACCAGCUGGUGGUCAGGCACUUGGCUUCUGACGCCAUCAUUAAUGAGAAUUACACCUACCUGAAGGGAUUCUUGGAAGACCUGGCCAGUCCCGAGCGCUGCAGCCUCAUUCAGUGUUGGGACACUGCUGGGCUGGUUUUCUUGGACUACCUCCAGGUCAUUGAGAUGGUCAGCAGGAUUCAGCAGCUGGACUGCACCGGCUACGAGCUGGAGGAGAUCCACUCCAAAGUGAUCUCCCUCUGCGGCAGGAUAGAGUUGGUCCAGUGUCACAGUGCCAAGGACAGGCUGGCUCAGUCGGAAAUGGCCAAGCGCAACGCAGACAUCCUCCGUGUGGUGCUGAGCUUGCAGCACCCUCUGGACUCGGCCCCCAGCACCACCCCCGACGUGCAGAGGGUCCCCCUGCGCCUGCUGGCCCCCCACAUCAGCCGGCUCCCCAUGCCGGAAGACUAUGCGCUGGAGGAACUCCGCGGGCUGACCCAGUCCUACCUUCGGGAACUGAUGGUGGUGGCCCAGUGAUGAAGCCGCCCUGCUUGCGAGUUGGGGGUCCUGCUGCACCAUCGGGCGCCCCUUUGGACCCAGUGGGGGGUACAGGAGGCAGCCUGCCUUCCUGCUUUUGGGGGGAGCACGGCUACCGCCAUCUUGCUUGCGAGGGAGGGAGGGAGGGAGGGAGGGAGGGGUGCAGGAAGCCUGUGGUGGGACCCCCGUGAGCUCUCCCUCCCCUCCCAGCCGCUUUGUGGUCUCAAUAAAGUCUGCUGCUGCAGAACCCCGCAGUGGUGAGGACCGCUCCCCCUGGUCUGGUGUUUGGCAGGCGGAAGAAGAGAGGGCAGCAACAGCAGCGGCCGAGACCCUUCCUCGGCUGAAAUCGUUGUGUGUAAAUAGUCCUUGAUUCAGCUGAGCUCUGCCUGGAGACUUGGUCAGGGAGGGGGGGACGGGGUGGCCCUGGAGGGAGGGGGCUCAGUGGCCGUCACAGCAGCAGCAUCUUUUCAUGAUGGCCCCCUCCCCAUCGGUUGGCCCAAGCAGAGAAGUCAUUGGCUUUCGCCCAGGGCUGGAGAGGCUGGGGAAGGCCCCCUUUGAAGACCCUCCCCCCAGCAAGGUGGUCUCUCUCUCUUGGGGCCAGGGCAGCCCCUGAGGAGGGGGACAGUCAGCCGGCUCUUCUGUCCACUGGUGGGGAGGGGGUCUGUGCACUCACCAUGUGCCCAGGAGACCGGCUUUACCCUUUGCACAAUCUCGGGGUCUUGCAAGGAGACAUGUCGGGGG